AUGGCCGAGCAGGGUACGUUUGCCGUGAAGGUGGGCCUGGCCCAGAUGCUCAAGGGCGGCGUCAUCAUGGACGUCACCAACGUCGAGGAGGCCCGCAUCGCCGAGGAGGCCGGCGCCGUCGCCGUCAUGGCCCUGGAGCGCGUCCCCGCCGACAUCCGCCGCGACGGCGGCAUCGCGCGCAUGUCGGACCCGACGAUGAUCAAGCGCAUCAAAGAGAACAUCACCAUCCCGGUGAUGGCCAAGUCGCGCAUCGGGCACUUCGUGGAGUGCCAGAUCCUGGAGUCGCUGGGCAUCGACUACAUCGACGAGUCGGAGGUCCUCACGCCGGCCGACGACAUCCACCACACGAACAAGCACUCGUUCAAGGUGCCCUUUGUGUGCGGGUGCCGCGACCUGGGCGAGGCGCUGCGCCGCGUGGCCGAGGGCGCGGCCAUGAUCCGCACCAAGGGCGAGGCCGGCACGGGCAACGUCGUCGAGGCCGUCCGCCACGCGCGCGCCGUGCUGGGCGCCAUCCGCCAGCUCCAGACCAUGGACGACGACGAGCUCUACGUCUACGCCAAGGAGAUCCGCGCCCCCGUGGAGCUCGUGCGCCAGACCAAGGCGCUCGGCCGCCUCCCCGUCGUCAACUUCGCGGCCGGCGGCGUCGCCACCCCCGCCGACGCCGCCCUGAUGAUGCAGCUCGGCAUGGACGGCGUGUUCGUCGGGUCGGGCAUCUUCAAGUCCGCGGACCCCGCGCGCCGCGCCCGCGCGAUCGUGCAGGCGGUGACGCACUACAACGACCCCAAGGUGCUCGCCGAGGUGUCGAGCGACCUGGGCGAGCCCAUGGUCGGCAUCGACUGCAAGGCCAAGGGCUUCCAGUCGUACGCGCAGCGCUCGGAGUAG